UGUAUCUCUUUGAAAUUAAUGGGCUGAAUUGUUUUUACGUGAUUUAAUUAUUUAUUGGUAAAGCAGUCUCUGCAGAACGUAAUUACAUAAUGAGAUGGUAAUUAGCAUAUACGCGAAUUUAUUGAUAACAUUAAUAAAAGAAAUCUAAUAAUGAGGGUCAUUAAGAAAUAUUAAAGAUUUUGAAUUCGUUAUAAAAUCGUUGUUAGGGUCUAUUAGUAUUUAGUAGUGUAUCUAUCGUUGGCCAAGAAGUAGAUAAAUUGAAUCAUGGUGAAUUUACCUAGACCCGUGGAACAAGUCGCAAGGCCCGUGGGAGAGAGAGGCAGUAACCGAUUCCAAGGCACGCGCAGUCACCACCAGUGGGGGGCGCGUUAUGGCCGGCGCCGCGAGCAGAUGCGCCAACGGCCCGAGCCAGCCACGCUGCUCGAGCUGGAGCAGCUCGCCGCCAAGACCGUCGCCCUCAUGGAGAAGUACGCACCCAAGUCGGAAAAGAACUUCCCCAUGGCCAUGCAGCUGCUGCGGAUGCAGCAUAAUCUCCAUUUCGUAAUGGUUUGCGAGAAUUGUCACGGCACACACAACUACGACGAGCUGGUAGCCCCUGAGCGGUGACUUCGGGUCCCUCGAUUGGACCCAGAAAUCCAUGGACAAGAAGCUUAGGAAUACUAUAGAUGUGACGAUGAGUGACUCGAACCGGAUUCCUAGCUUACAGACGGGCGGGUCGUGUACCUGAGGGCCUACCGCGAACUUCGUUCGACGUGUUGCUUCUCUGUCGCACUUGUAAUUACUUACGUAAGUGUGAUAAGGAGACAACACGUCGAACGUGGUUCGCGGUAGGCCCUCUGGUUCGGUAGUGAAUCGGACUUUGCAUUAAACGGUGACUUGUCAUUGAAAAUAUUAUAAUGUUUUAUGAAAUGAAUACUGUUUGUAAAUAAAACUCAAAUAAAUUACAUAUUUAUAUAUUUAUUUUCUAUGUUUAAUUUCUAUGUUUAAAUGAGAGAGUCGCGUACCUCGUUUCCGUAUUUGUAAUGUAUUUAUUCAUAACCCUUGUAGUUAUUUUUUUCGUUCUAUUUAACACAAAUGUCUAAGUGGCAAGUGACUGAGAUGAGUAUUCCAAUUGUUUCUUAGACAUAAUAGAAGUGGUUUGUCAACGAUUUGUUUGAUUAAAUGAACUGCAUAUUUUAUAUGAUU